AUGCUCCUCUCCGCGACCGUCCUUAUCCUUGGCGCUCUGAAAUAUGCCGCUGCAGCCCCUACGCCUGCCUUCGACAUCAACGUCGGCGUGGGCAGCACUUCCGAUGCCAAGACGACCGCUGUCUCGCAGGACGACAUCACGAACAAUCUGGUUCGUCCCGCACUAUUCAGCCGUGCGGCGUAUUGCUCGGCCGCUGCCGUGGAGAACUGGCAAUGCGGAGACUCCUGCGACGCACUCCCCAACGUCAAGGUCCUGACGGCCGGAGGCGAUGAUGGUCUCAUCCCAGGCUUCUUCAUCGCACACGAUGUGGACAAGAACACGAUCGUGGUUGCGCACCAGGGGACGGAGCCGAAGAACUUCCUGUCGGAUCUUAACGACCUCAAGUUCAGUCAAGUGGAUGCGAACACCACAGUGCUGCCCUCCGCCGGUGGCGAUGUGAAGUUGCACGACGGGUUUGCUGAGACGCAGGGGCGGACCGCAGACCUAGUCUUGUCUACUGUCCAGGCGGCGCUGAACUCGACAGGCUCCAAGAGCGUCCUCGUCACUGGUCACAGCUUGGGGGCAGCAGUCGCGAGCAUCGACGCGAUUAUGCUGAGGUCCAAACUUGACCCGAGUAUUGAACUCACGUCGGUCGUCUACGGACUCCCCCGCGUCGGAAACCAGGCAUGGGCUGAUCUUGUCGACUCUAUGCUCGGCUCCUCGUUCACGCAUGUCACGAACCAGAACGACCCAGUGCCGCGAGUGCCGCCACAGUUCUUGCAGUUCCAACACCCCAGUAACGAGGUACACAUCACCGCCGUUGACCCGUCUGGCGAGACCGCCACGGCGGAGCAUUGCCCCGGUCAGGAGAACUCAAACUGCUCUGGGGGAAACAACAUUCUGGACGCGAGCGUGACGAACCAUAGAGGUCCGUAUUUCAACAACAUCUCUAUGGCGAACAGGUUCUGCACCCUAUAA